AUGAACAAGAUCGCCAACAUGAAGCGCUACCACGUCGCUAAGGAUUUUGACAUUGCCGGCCAGUUCGACCCGAUGAUUCCCGAUGCCGAGUGCCUGAAGAUCGUGCACGAGAUCCUGAGUGACCUCCAGCUCGGGGACUUUCUCAUUAAGGUCAAUGAUCGACGGAUUUUGAAUGGUGUGUUUGCCGUCUGCGGCAUCCCAGAGAGCAAGUUCAUAACUACGUGCUCUACCGUGGACAAGCUGGACAAGAUGCCUUGGGAAGAAGUGAGGAGCGAGAUGGUAGGAGAGAAGGGGCUCUCUCCCGAGGCUGCAGAUCACAUCGGGGAGUAUGUCCAGCUUCACGGUGGCCUGGACCUGAUCGAGCGGCUUCUCCAGGACCCAAAGUUGUCCCAGAACAAGCUGGCCAAGGAGGGGCUGGGGGACAUGAAGCUGCUGUUUGAGUACCUGACCCUGUUUGGCAUCACAGGGAAGAUCUCUUUCGACCUGAGCCUGGCGCGGGGUCUGGACUAUUACACGGGGGUGAUCUUUGAGGCUGUCCUGCUGCAGCAGGAGAACGACCAUGUGGAGGAGUCAGUCAGCGUUGGGAGCGUGGCUGGAGGCGGUCGCUACGACGGGCUGGUGGGGAUGUUUGAUCCCAAGGGACGGAAGGUGCCCUGCGUGGGGGUCAGCAUUGGGAUCGAGCGGAUCUUCUCCAUCCUAGAGCAGAGAGUGAAGGCUUCUGGGGAGAAAGUUCGAACGACUGAGACACAAGUGCUGGUGGCUACACCUCAGAAACACUUACUUGCUGCGAGACUGAAGCUCAUCUCCGAGCUGUGGGACGCAGGGAUCAAGGCAGAGAUGCUGUACAAGAAGGAUCCUAAACUGCUGAAGCAGCUGCAGUAUUGCGAGGACACGGGGAUCCCCCUUGCUGCCAUUGUAGGAGAGCAAGAGCUGACAGAUGGAGUCGUCAAGCUACGAGAUGUCGCAACAAGAAAGGAGGUUGAUAUCCCAAGAGAAAAGCUUGUCGCUGAGAUCAGAAGGCGGCUGGAGCCCUAGGGCGUUCCUGGCCCGAGCUGCCUGACUUAACCGCUGUACGUCUGGAACCCUCCAGCGCCCUUGGCCACUCACUUCCCGCUGAAGUCUGGUCACCAUCUGCUAGCCCGAGGCUCACCUGCCUGGGCUAGGGCAGCGUCCACAGGGGGUAUCCGCU